GCCAAGGAACAUAUAUGUAUACUUUCUAACAUUAUUAAUAUUUUGGAAUAUAUUUAACAACAAGUAAAAUUAUGGCUAUGCGAAAUCCAAGAUUACCAAUGGUGCCGGGAUGGGGAACAAAUCCAAUGAUUGGCAAAAAGAAUUUUGGCGUCCGUCCGAUCUUCAAUAGUAUCGAUGGCGUAAACAUGCUCGUUGAUAAGGCCGAAGAAGGUAACAGGGUGCCUUCAUUGUAUGCACGGAAGCAGUCUUCCGAUAUGCCUUCCUGGAUUGUUCUUGAUAAACAAAUAUUGCAUUUCAAAGCGUAUUUCCAACAAACCCUGCAUGAGCUUCGUUCCGCAUCCCACGUCGUGCGCAAAGUGGAUAUCUAUUUUUUCCUCGAAGAUGGUACCAUCAAAGUUAUGGAACCACGCGUUGAAAACAGCGGAUUGGCGCAAGGAAUAAUGAUCAGUCGCCAAAGGAUUCGUCUUCCUCAUAGCUACGACCUAUACUAUGACGUACUUGAUCUGAACAUAGGCUAUGACGUCACAUUUCAUGGCAAAGUGUUUAGAAUAGUGAAUUGUGAUAAUUUCACGAGGGUGUACCUGAACAGACUUGGAAUCAACGUGCCAGAUCCUCUUCCUUAUCCGGAUACGCCAGAAUCGGAACCAAAAGUAUACCACGCACCGAAACAUUUUCCAUUCAAGCAGUUUCUGGAUUUGGACAGACAAGUUUUGAGAUUUUUUGGUUACUGGGACGAUCGUAAGAGCGAAUUUGGUAUAAUACAUUAUUUAGAAAUUCAUUAUUAUUUGGCGGAUGAUACAAUUGAAAUAAAAGAAGUUUUGCCCCCUAACUCUGGAAUGGAGGCUGGUCCAAUGUUCUUGAAGAGAAUGCGUUUGCCGAGGAACGUACCACAUCACAUAGAGAUGACGGGAGGUCCGCUAGUGCCAUCAUACACUCCUGCUGACCUCAGUAUUGGAGCUAUAUUAAACGUAUUCGGACGCAAAGUGGUUCUUACAGAUUGUGACCCAUUUACUAAGGAAUACUAUAGAGUCCAUUAUGGUUUUGAUGAUUUCCAGCCAUUACCAAUGCCGGAAGACGCAGGUACAGUGUGUAUCAAAUCAAAUAUUAGUGAUCGUGAACUGCCUCCAUGGAACGGUUACGGAUCAUACGAUGAUUCGGCUGAGAACUGUCGGACCGUGGAGCCUAAAGCAAUACAUCGAGACUUUAUGAAAUUCCUUAAUAAAGACAAAGUGGGCUUCGAUUCUCAUGUAUUAAGAUUUGCUGCUCGGCUUAUUGACGAUAACCCAGUAAAUCGUAGACGUUACUUUAUCAUAAAAUAUUUUCUAUGCGAUGACACAAUUGGCAUAUUUGAACUCGGUGAACGUAAUUCUGGAUUUACGGGUGGAAAAUUCUUCCGUCGAGACAAAAUGUAUCUACCUGACCAAGAUUUUUACGUGCCAAAAGAACCUCCAGCUUACACGGAUAAAGAUAUGUGGAUCGGCAAUGAACUGGUUAUUAACAAGCAUUGUUUUCGACUGGUUGGUGCCGAUGAAUAUGCUUUACGCUAUCUAGAGUUACAUGCUAACGAAUAUCCGAUGGCAAAUGUUCCAUUAAUAAUGGAUAAAAUACGUCGGACGUUAGCUUCUCAAGAAAAUGGUUAUAAGAACUUUGUUGCCAAAUACUUGGAUGCAGUCCUGCCGGAAAAAAGAGAACUCAUGACCGUGCGAUGUUUCAAACAGGCACUGAAAGAAGUUAUGUGUGAAAAGAUGACUGAACACGAAUUCGUCACACUAGUGCGCUAUUUCCGUGGUGAUCCUGGACAGGAAAAAAGUCCAAGACGAGAGAUGAUAAGGUCCCUUGUAUUCACGGAACUGACUCGUGGGUUGUGGGACGAUCGCGCAAGGCUCAAAGAAGGCCUGCUGCACGCAGAUAAUACGUGCAGUGGCGUGCUGAGUAUUCACAGAAUGCGGCAACUGUUACGAGCGCAUCGAUUGCCACUCCGGGAGGACCUUAUGAACUGCAUGCUGGAUGUGUUACCAAAAGAUGACAACUGCAAUAUCCCUUGGAAUGAACUGCUGGAUUUUUUGGACUUCCAAACUCGGCCCGUGUUCAACCUGACUAACGCGGAUUACCAAAAGGUGGUGCGCCACGCGCCGCCGGUUAAGGACGUUGAGUGCAAGCUGUGGAAGGAAAUGGAUCUGCUGAUACACGAGGGCUAUGUAAACUGGAGCGCAUUCCUGUGCCAGCUAAACUUAGAUCAUCUAGUUAAAGAUCAACCAUAAUUUGGCUUAGUUACUUAAGUAAAUAUUAUUGUCCUCGUUUUGGUUACUUUGUAAUAAAAGAAUAAUACUUAUUGGAAGAUGUAUGUAAUGUAUAUAAAAAAAUUACCUAAUCUGUCCUCUGUUCACGUUUCACCUUGUGUUCUAAUAUUCAAACGAGUAUUAUACCUAUACAGGGUGUAAUCGUUAAGCGUACCCAAGUAAUUAUUCCAUAAAUAUAAGAGAUA